GAAGACAGUGAAUGACAGGAAAGUUUAACAGUUGAACAAGAAAAAGAACACCAAAAAAACCUUGUUUAAAACGACUUCAAGACUACCAUUCCACUUAUUGUGAUAUGAGGAAAAAAUCACCCCUCAAUAAUGCCAAAAAGAAAGAGAAAAGAACAUACUUGUAAAGACCUUAAACAAAGGUCAAAGAACAGUAAGACAAAAAACACUAGCAAUGGUGAUUGUGGUUCUGAGGAGGAUGAUGGAAGUAUAUGGGUUCAGUGUGAGAAGAAAAACUGCUUGAAAUGGAGAAAAAUUACUCCAGAAGAGCUGGGAAAGGUUGGUGAUGGAUCUUGGUACUGUUCAAUGAACUGGGAUCCUCAUUUCAACAGAUGUUCAGCUCCUGAAAGAAUAGAUAAAUUACCAAAACACAUGAAAUACAUCUAUAGUUUGUUGCCAAAGGCCGAAAUAGUUAUGGCAAGAAUACCCGGAUACCCAUUAUGGCCAGGGAUUCUCACUCCUGAUCCAACAUGUGGAGAGUAUUAUGAUGCUCUACUAGAAAAACAAGACCAACCCAUACAAUACCAUGUAGAGUUCCUGGGAAAACCCCAUUCACGAGCGUGGGUCAGACCCAAAAUGGUUCAUCCAUAUAAUUCAAUAACAGAAGAUGAAAAGUUGAUGCCAUUACAGAAAGGUUCAUCCAAGUUAUUAUCUUCCUAUCGAACUGCACUGGAUGAAGCUAAAAGGUUAUUGUCUGUCAGCAGUGCAUCUGAACGACUUAGGCUUUCUUGUCAGUUCAAGUACGAAGAAAUUGACAGAGACUCAGAUAAAUCUGGUUCAAAGAAGAAAACAGUAGAGCUGAGUCAUUCUCCAGUGGUCCAGCCAAAAGAAAAAGUAGAUUAUCCAACUGAUAGUUACUCUGACUUUGAUGACUACCUGUCUUCACCUGAUGAGCAGCAACCUGAUGAGUCAACAAAAUCAUCAUCAACACUGCCUCACUUAACCCGAUUGGAGAAAAAGAAGAAAAACCUGCCUAACAGGGUUGAAAACCAGCUUGAACCUGCAGAGAAAGAGUUCCUUAAUUCAUUAAAAGAAAUUCUUGCACAGAAAGGUCUGCCUCCUCCAAGGCAGCCCAAGUGGAAGGGACAACAUAUCAGCCUUCUGACGUUCUACACAGCUGUCCAGCAACGAGGAGGCUUUGAAAGUGUUUGUACGUCUAAAUCAUGGAUUCAUAUCUACAGCAACCUAGUAAAUCAAGAUAACACUACUGCUGCGAUGGGGAAUAAAGCAAGGCUGUUUUAUCAGAGACAUUUGUUACCUUAUGAAGUCCAUAUGAAAAGCCUUCAGACAAAUGAAUCCCAUUUAGUUCCUUCUCCUGGAGCCAUGUCCCUUGAUACUACCUGCGAAAAACAAAAGCCCUUGGUUUCUUCAGGAAGGAGAGAGCGCAACACUUCAACCAGUACUUUAGCAAGUGACGGUGAGCAGAAAGUGCCGGUCCAUGUGAUGGCAGAAAAUAUCGAAAGUCCUCCUUCAAGCAGUGCUAUUGGUGAUUCCAGGUCACCUGACCAUUAUACUCCUACAUUAGAUUGUGUUCCAAGUUCUAAUCCAAACUCGCCGCUGUCACAUUGUUAUGGUGGAAUCACUUCUGACAGCGAAGAUGAGGAUGAAGACUUAGGCAUUGACUGUCGUUCAGCGGAAUACGAGCUGCAACAACUAGAAAGACUUCUGUCGUCCAUCGAACCUUCGCUCUACCCAGCACGAGAUCAACAAAGUUCUGACAAAAGAAGACCUCACGAAACAACGCCAUUGAAUUCAUCAUCUUUAUCUGGUGGUAGUCUCUUGUCCAGUGGUGUCGAUGUGUUGAAAACAUUAGAUGAAAUGUCCAGAAUUGAAGGAACGAUCGCAGAUCUGGACACAAUGGUCUCGGUGGAACUUGAAAAUUUAUAAUGUAGCACACAAACCACGAUUACAUAAAAAAAACCACGGUUACAUAAGCAAACAAAUCAGUUGUCUAACGAUAGUUUAUUCCAUGAAUAAUCUUUUGGUCAUACAAACUGUUGGAUGAUGAAGGUUUUACUCGGUAUGUGCUCAUGUGGUCAAAUUGUCAUGGAAGUGGUUUGGUCGAUACGCACUAGGUCCGUCACAAGUACUCGAUAUGUGAUUAAUGAUGGCUAGUAAACACUAGCGUGGACUGCGUCGGUGUUUCUAAUGAAACAGUUAUCGUAGAUUGAUAAGUUAUACACCGUAGUGAAAAUAGGAACUGACGUUUCGGACGUUGGUCCUUCGUUUGACUCCGACGAAGGACUAACGUCCGAAACGUCAGUUCCUAUUUUCACUACGGUGUAUAACUUAUCAAUCUACGAUAUGUGGUUAAGAUGCGUGGUCGGUUUGGGUCAGUUUGUCAUUGAAGUAGUCUGGUCGAUGUACCCAAGGUCUGUCACUUCUUGGUGUAUGGUUCCUAGAUGCGUGGUCGGUUUGGGUCUUUACUCAGUGGUCGAUACGACUUUGUCACCUUUUGGAUAAUAAGAGGUCGAUAUGUCACUGAAUUGAUCUGGUCAAUAGAUAAUACCAGAUCACUACCUUAAAAUGCGUGGUCACUUCUUAAAGGGCCAGUAUAGUGGGUCAUUGUGUGGUUCGUUUGCUUAUCGUAACCCCAUUGUCCUGUCUUGACAUGUAACUAAAGGACUAAACAUGCAAAGCAUACAUACAUAGUUCAAGCAAAGUCCCCUGCUCAUCUCCACUGUUUUAGAUUGAGUUUCGUUGGCUGUCGCUGUUAUCCAAUUACCUUGUGUACAUGCCUACAAGUAGACUUUCGCAAAGUCUGCGGCCCUUUGUGUAUCUUAACUCGGGUGCGAGUUGAAAUACGCUCGCCAAACUCAUAGAACUCGUAAAACGUUAACCUUAAACCUGUCAGCGCUCAUUCCUCUGGACUACCUAGAGACAUUUGCGCCUUUGCCACGUGCAUUAUCUCUCUCUGGGGAGAACCCUUACUCAUUACAGCACUUUCUGUGACCCGCCUUACGAAAGGCAUCAGGCUUGUACCUUGACGUAGAUGUGAAAUUUUGUACAAUUAGAAUGUUUUUAGUGAUAAUAAUUAGCAAAAUAUUUUGCAUUUCAAUAUAUAUUUUUUAUUAGAUAAUAGAACUCAUAUCCUGAUAUACAAAUGCUGUACAAUCAAUAUGACAAUGAUUGUAAUUUUAGAAAAUAAAAUAGUUUUAAAACCAA